AUGGAAGACGUCUUCGACAGUGGAAGACGCGACUACGUUCAAGCCGAAGUAGCUCUAGAAGAUGAAGAAGGUUCAACGGAUGAAGACUCAUCGUGCUCCAACAAAGAAGAAGAAGAAAACGUGCGGGACAACGACAUGAUCUUCGUGGCACUUUACGUCGACGAUUUGGUUAUCGCGAGCAACAACAACGAGCUGCUCAAGUCUACAAAGAAGGCGCUGGGUGAUCGUUUUGACAUGACGGAUCUGGGAAAUCUCAGGAAUUUUUUUUUCGGUAUGGAAGUUGAUCAAGAUUUCACGGUUGGCACAAUCUCGAUUCGUCAGUCCAAAUUCGCGAAGGACAUCCUCGAGAAAUUUGGCAUGGAACAUAGCAAUCCAGUAAAGACUCCAAAAGAACCCGGGCUAAAUAUGACAAGGUCUAUGUGCGAAGGACGAUGCAAGCACGAAGACCCGAUGGCAAGCAUUCCAUAUCGCAAUGCUGUUGGAUGCCUGAUGUACCUCAUGGAAGGGACUCGCCCGGAUCUCGCAGCUGCAGUGGGAGUGCUCAGCCAGUUCGUAGCGGGCCCUUGUCCGACACGUUGGCAAGCACUUAAGCGCGUGUUCAGGUACGUCCAAGGCACACAAACCCAUGGAAUUGAAUUUAAGCCACAAGCAAUGACAAGCUUCAAGGCUACUCAGAUGCAGACUGGGCUGGUGACGUGGAAACUCGACGAAGCACAAGUGGAUACGCGUUCUUGUUGA